AGGCGGAAGCUAGCAAGCGGCAGCAGCACUUUCCCCCCCUCGCUCCUUUCACCUGUGACCACCCGAGGAGGAAGGAGGAGGCGGCGAGCCGGCGACCUACUCCAAUUCAGAAGAGCUGAGCUGCGGCAAGGGCAUAAUGCGGGGGCCCCUCGGCCGCGACGCCUCCGGUGCCGGCGCCGGGGGAGGAAAAGGAGGAGACGACGCCGCAGCCGGCAUCAUUCGCCACGACCGCAAGUGCCGGGACCUGCCGUUCCUCGCCCUCUUCGCCGCCUUCUGGGUCGCCAUGAUUGUCAACUCCAGCUUCGGGUUCAACCAGGGCAGCCCGCUCAGGCUGACUUACGGACUGGACUACAAAGGGAACAUAUGUGGCAGCAAGCACGGUGACCCAGAUUUGAGUGAGCUGGAUGUUCGUUACUGGGUGAACCCCAACCAGGUGUACCAAAGUGGGCUCAAAAAUAGCACAAAUGAUCUAGCUGAUGCUAAGGCCAUCUGCCUGAUGGAAUGCCCCUAUCCUGCGGAAGAUGGGCUGAACUUUGUUUGUGAUUAUCCGGAAGGCGACAUACGGCUCUCUGUCGAUGAUUGGAUCGACAGGGACUAUGAUUACUUCGAGUAUCUCACACCAGAUAUGAGGAACAGUUCUCUUCAGUUGCAGGGUCCGUGUUACCCCAUCAUAUUUCCGAGUAUAAAUGUCUACUGGAGCUGCCAGUUUAUUGCAAGGCCAUCCAAUGUUUCUCUGAAGCAUUGGCAGCAGAUGGGUGGUGUUAGCAUUGAUGAGAACAUGCUAAUAGACAAGACAAUUCACAAUAGCAUCAACUAUAAAUCUUCUGUCUUAAAGAGAUAUGUUGCAGAUAUUGGGAAGUCUUGGCCUGUGUUAAUCGUUUGUGGGGGAUUACUCCCUCUUUUCCUAUCUUUGAUAUGGUUAGCGAUGAUCCGAUAUUUUGUUGCUGGUAUGCCAUGGAUAACAGUGAUCCUUUUCAAUGCCCUUGUAGUAUCAGUCACGAUGUUCUUCUAUAUAAAAGCUGGCUGGAUUGGCAAUGAUCCCUUAACUGUUGUGAUUGGUCCAAGUGAUCCAUAUGUCAGCAUAGGUGGACGGGAAAUAAACCACCUUCAUGCUGCUGCUGUAUUGAUGACAGUGGUAAUGAUCAUUGCUUUCCUGACUUCAAUAGCUCUUGUUCGGCGUAUACUGAUAGCGACAUCCACAACCGUCCUAAAGGUGGCUGCAAAGGUCAUUGGUGAAGUCCAUGCACUCAUCAUCUUUCCGGUCGUACCAUACUUCGCCCUUGCUAUCAUCUAUAUGUUCUGGUUUGCGGCGACACUGUAUCUUUUCAGCUCUGGUCAAGUUCUACAAAAUGAUUGCAAUGCAGAGUGCUGCUCAUUUGAUCUCAAGCUGGGAAAAGUAAAUUGUGACAGCUGUUGCGGGUACAGUGUCCAUUACACCCCUCAUAUUGGAAUUGCGAUUCUUUUCCACCUGUUUGGCUGUUACUGGGCAACACAAUUCUUCAUCGCAUGCUCUUCGACCGUAAUUGCUGGAUCAGUUGCUUCAUACUACUGGGCGCGUGGUGAAAUAUCGCAUGACAUACCAUUUCAUACCGUGGUGUCCUCCGUGAAGCGUUUGCUGCGCUACAGCCUUGGAUCUGUGGCUCUAGGUUCACUGAUCGUAUCCAGCGUGGAGUGGGUGCGGUGUAUACUUAAAUCGCUCCGCCGUAGGCUGAAGGGGGUUGAUUCAACUGGUGAAAGCCGCUUGGGGAAGACAGUGUCAUCCUCAUCUCACUGCUGCUUGGGCUGCAUAGACUGGACCAUCAAGUCAGUGAACCGGAAUGCUUAUAUCGUGAUUGCCGUUACAGGGAAAGGGUUCUGCAAAGCCUCCGAGCUCGCGACCGGGCUGAUAAUGAACAACAUACUGCGCAUCGGUAAGGUGAACGUCAUCGGGGACGUGAUCCUCUACCUCGGAAAGCUGUGCGUGAGCCUGUCCAGCGCGCUGUUCGCGUUCCUCAUGCUGGACACCCACAAGUACAGGUCUGCUCACAACAAGAUAUCGUCCCCGCUCUUCCCCGUGCUGCUGUGCUGGGCGCUUGGGUACGUGGUGGCGCAGCUCUUCUUUGGGGUGGUGGAGACGUCGGUGGAGACGAUAAUCCUGUCCUUCUGCCAGGACGCGGAGGAGCACGACGGGGAGGCGCAGUACGCUCCCCCGCUGCUCAUGGAGACGCUGGGCGACACGAGCCAGCUGCAGAGGCUCACGCAGGGCCCUUGAUUCGACCCAGCUUCUCGGCAUUGAUCGACUUUAGUAGUGUAGGGUUACCAGAGGCAGCUGGUUGGGUGAAUGGCUUUGACCAUAAUAAUACGCACUAUAUACUACUACUAUUAAUUAACUGCGCUGUUAGGUGGAA